GACACUUAAUAAGGACGCAUCAAACAUCGGGAGAAAAUAAGAUUUAAGAAUUUUGUUUGAAAAUAUUUUAUAGAACUUAUGUUUGUGUUUAUGUACGCCAAUGAGAAUAUUUCAAGGACAAAUUCAUAUACUCGAUUUAAAACACUUUACGGGGUUAAACUGUCUACAUUUUAAAUUUGUGGAUUAACAUCUAUACUUUUGCGGGGCAUCUUUUUUAAUUGGAAUACAUUUCAGUAAAGAAAGCAAGAUGCAGCAACAAACUAAAUAUAUCGGCCUUGUAGCCGACCUGAUGCCCAACAUCAAGCUCAUGAAGUACUCCGGUCUAUUCAUGCACAACUACACAAGUGGAUCGAGUUUCUUCAAAAAGGUCUACUCAUGUUUUCACUUCACGUUGAUACUCCUACAAUUCUUUUCAAUACUUGCAAAUAUGGCGCUAAAUGCGGAUGAAGUAAAUGAAUUAUCUGGUAAUACAAUAACAGCGCUCUUUUUCACCCAUUGCAUUACGAAAUUUAUAUUUUUCGCUGUCAACCAAAAACAAUUCUACAGAACCCUUAACAUCUGGAAUCAAGUCAAUUCGCAUCCCCUAUUUGCAGAAUCCGAUGCUCGAUACCAUUCGAUAGCUUUGGCCAAAAUGCGAAAGCUAUUUGUAUUGGUUAUGUUGACGACAGUCCUUUCGGUUGUCGCCUGGACAACAAUCACAUUCUUUGGAGAGAGUGUAAAAUUUGCCCGGGACAUGGAAACUAACGAAACCAUUACUGUUGAAAUACCCAGGCUGCCAAUAAAAGCCUUCUACCCCUGGGACGCCAGCAGUGGGAUGUUUUACAUGAUCUCAUUUGUGUAUCAGGUGUACUUCCUGCUGUUCUCGACGACACAAUCCAAUUUGUGCGAUGUUCUUUUUUGCUCUUGGUUGAUUUUUGCUUGUGAACAAUUGCAACAUCUAAAGGGUAUUAUGAAGCCAUUGAUGGAACUGUCGGCCACACUGGACACUUACCGUCCCAAUUCAGCUGCCUUGUUCCGGUCUCUGUCGGCCAAUUCAAAGUCAGAGCUUAUUAUAAACGAAGAAAAGGAACCAGUGGACACACUAGACAUGUCCGGUGUUUACAGCACCAAAGCUGAUUGGGGUGCACAGUUUAGGGCACCAUCGACCUUACAAACAUUUAAUGGAACAAAUGGCAUGAGUAAUCCUAACGGACUUACGAAGAAGCAGGAGAUGAUGGUUCGCAGUGCAAUAAAAUAUUGGGUCGAACGGCAUAAACACGUUGUGAGACUUGUGGCUGCCAUUGGAGAUACCUACGGAGCUGCCCUUCUACUCCACAUGUUGACAUCCACCAUUAAGCUCACCCUGCUCGCCUACCAAGCUACCAAAAUAAACGGAGUUAAUGUCUACGCUUUUACAGUGAUUGGAUACUUGAGCUAUUCUCUGGCGCAAGUUUUCCACUUUUGCAUUUUUGGCAAUCGAUUAAUCGAAGAGAGCUCGUCAGUUAUGGAAGCCGCCUACUCAUGCCAUUGGUACGAUGGCUCCGAAGAGGCAAAGACAUUUGUUCAGAUUGUCUGUCAGCAGUGCCAGAAGGCCAUGACCAUCUCUGGUGCAAAGUUUUUCACAGUGUCACUGGAUUUAUUUGCUUCUGUUCUGGGAGCUGUUGUAACUUAUUUCAUGGUGCUGGUGCAAUUGAAAUAGAUUUACAACAAAGAAAUGAAGACGAAGGAACUACUUUUGUGGGAAGGUUUUUUUUUUUGUUUAUUUUCUUUAUUGAAUUGUUAUUUUACCUUGGUUCUCCCUGAAGGACAUUUUUCGGAGAAUAACCACAUACAUAUAUGAGUGUAUACAAUUUUGCUUAGUUGGCACACAAAAACAUUCAUAAAUAUAAUUUAUACAUAUACAAAAUAUAUAAUAAUAAUAAAAAUGGA